AUCCACCCUGCAUUCAGCAAUUGACAUCAACUUCAUGGCAACUACUCUUUGUCCUUUUGUCGUUUUCACACACAAGUGGAUAAUUUUGAUCAAAGUUACCAAAGAAACAUAUGCCUAUGAUUUUGUUGUGCAGAGUGGCAUUCUUCAUUAUUGUCUUCAAGUGAAUGAAGAUAUUUCCUUACUGGAACCUUUCACUGUUCCAAAAAAUUUGAUGCUAUUGGCUUUGUGAAAACAAGAAUCAAAAGUGAAAGCAACAGCCAUAAUAGCAACACCUACCUCUCUCAAAGUGGGUACCAUUCAUUCAAUUCAUAUUUUCCACACAAAACAGUCCUUUUUUAAGAUCUAUCAUUUUCUUUAUUUAGUGUUUCUUUCCACGUUUUAUUAAUGUUCAGGUUUCCAAAAAUUGAUAUUUUUUCAACUGGGUAUAGUAAAGUUGAUUUUUUUUUCUUCAUAUGGGUAUGUAAAGUUUCUAUUUCUAUGCUCAAAAUUGAAGAGAACAUAAAGUUUUCUGCAUCAUUUUGCUGCUAAAUGUUGGUCUCAGCUAUCCAAACUACAGUUUCUUGAGCAGGGUGAUUGUUACUAGCUUUUCAAUAGGAAAUUGCAACUAUGAUUAGAGUUUGGAUUGUACUGUUGAUGCUUGUCUCCAAUUUGUUCUCUUCAAGUGUGGUUGGCUUGGAUAAUUCCACAGUACCUCCAGUUGUAAAUAUUGGGGUUCUCUACUCUUUCAAUACCAGUGUUGGUAGAAUAGUGAAAAUUGCGGUAGAAGCUGCGGUUGCUGAUAUAAAUUCUGAUCCUUCUAUUCUUGGUAAUACUAAGUUGAAUCUCUCACUGCAAGAAGAUUCCAAAUAUAGAGGCUUUUUGAGCAUUGCUGAGGCGUUGCAGCUCAUGGCGACACACACUGUGGCCAUUAUCGGUCCACAGACCUCUACAACAGCUCAUGUCAUAUCUCAUAUAGCAAACGAACUCCAGGUUCCUCUGUUAUCAUUUUCAGCAACUGAUCCUACUCUUUCUUCGCUUCAAUUCCCGUUCUUCAUUAGAACUGCCUUCAAUGACAUUUUUCAAAUGACUGCAAUAGCAGACAUUAUAAGCCACUUUGGUUGGAGAGAGGUUAUCGCAGUCUAUGGUGAUGACGACCAUGGGAGGAAUGGAAUUGGUGGGUUAGGGGAUAAGCUUGCUGAGAGACGUUGCAAGAUCUCGUUUAAAGCACCGAUGCCUCCUGAGGCAACAAGUGAGGAGAUUACUGAUGUGCUUGUUCAGGUGGCGUUGGCAGAAUCCCGGGUUAUAGUUCUUCACACAAGUACUGCUUGGGGUCCAAAAGUGUUGAGCGUGGCAAAGUCUCUUGGAAUGAUGCAAAAUGGUUAUGUUUGGAUUGCUACUACUUUUCUCACAUCUUUUAUUGACAUAGAUAGUCCUCUCUCUUCAGAAGAAAUGGAUAACAUGCAAGGAGUUAUUGCACUAAGAAUGUACAUACCAGAUUCAAAGCUCAAAAGAUCGUUCUUUUCUAGGUGGACGAAUUUGACUAGUGGAAAGGAGGGAAACGGUCCUCUUGGUUUGAGUACUUAUGGUAUCUUUGCUUAUGAUACUGUUUACGUUCUUGCUCGUGCCCUUGAUACAUUUUUCAAACAAGGGAACCGAAUUACAUUUUCGCCCGAUCCAAAGAUAUCACAAAUAAGUGGAGACAGCUUGCAUCUUGAUGCUGUGAAAAUCUUCAAUGAAGGAAAUCAGUUGCGCAAAAGUAUUCACGAGGUUAACAUGACUGGUGUAACAGGUCCAUUCAGGUAUACAUCUGAUGGAAACCUUGCUAAUCCAGCAUAUGAGAUCAUCAAUGUGAUUGGAACAGGGACUCGCAGGAUCGGUUAUUGGUCUAAUUACUCUGGAUUAUCAAUUGUUCCUCCAGAAACACUUUAUUCAAAACCACCUAAUCGUUCCAUUGAAAACCAAAAGCUACUCACUGUGUUUUGGCCAGGUGAAACAACCCAGAGACCUCGCGGUUGGGUUUUUCCAAACAAUGGAAAGAUGUUAAAAAUCGGAGUACCGAAAAGGGUUAGUUACCGCGAAUUUGUUUCUCAGGUACAAUCCACCGACACGUUCAAGGGAUUCUGCAUUGAUGUAUUUCUUUCUGCAGUAAACUUGUUGCCCUAUGCUGUCCCCUAUAAGUUUAUUCCAUAUGGUGAUGGUCAAAGUAAUCCUAGUAACACCGAGCUUGUGCGCCUGAUCACUACCGGGGUCUUUGAUGCUGCAGUAGGUGACAUUACAAUUACUACAGAAAGAACAAGGAUGGUGGAUUUUACUCAGCCAUAUAUAGAGUCUGGUCUAGUGGUCGUAGCAUCGGUUAAGAAGACGGAUUCCAAUGCUUGGGCAUUUCUGACACCAUUUACACCAAUGAUGUGGACUGUAACAGCUAUCUUUUUCCUACUAGUGGGAGCUGUUGUUUGGAUUCUAGAGCAUAGACUGAAUGAUGAUUUUAGGGGACCUCCUAAAAAACAAGUAGCCACAAUUUUAUGGUUUAGUUUUUCAACUAUGUUCUUCGCUCACAGGGAAAAUACUGUAAGCACUCUUGGUCGUUUUGUGCUACUUAUAUGGCUAUUUGUAGUACUAAUAAUCAACUCGAGUUACACUGCAAGCCUGACGUCAAUCCUCACAGUGCAACAACUUUCUUCACCUAUAAAAGGAAUUGAAAGUUUAGUAAAUAGCAAAGAGCCCAUUGGUUACAUGCAGGGUUCUUUUGCCCGGUCAUAUUUAAUUGACGAAAUCGGUAUUCAUGAAUCCAGACUAGUUCCUCUAAAAACACCUGAAGAAACUAUGAAAGCACUGGAGAAAGGUCCCCAAAAGGGUGGUGUUGCUGCAUACAUUAACGAGCGUGCUUACAUAGAGCUCUUCCUUUCAAGCCGGUGUGAUUUUUCUAUUGUAGGUCAAGAGUUUACCAGAAAUGGUUGGGGAUAUGCCUUUCCACCAGACUCACCAUUAGCGGUUGACCUGUCAACUGCCAUUUUAGAGUUGGCAGAAAAUGGAGAUUUACAAAGAAUCCAUGACAAAUGGCUUUUGAGCAGUGCUUGUCGAUCACAAGGUGCAAAGCUUGAAGUGGAUAGACUCAAUCUCAAAAGCUUUUGGGGCCUCUAUCUAGUUUGCGGUUUGGCAUGUUUCCUAGCUCUCCUAAUAUAUCUUAUUCAGACCAUGAGGCAGUACAAGAAACACAAUCCAGAGGAACUUGAGUCUUCUGGCCAUGGUUCUGGAUCUUCACGUCUGCGGACUUUCCUUUCAUUUGUAGAUGAAAAAGAAGAUGCAGUUAAGAGCCGCAAGAGAAGGCAAAUGGAGAGGAUGUCAUAUAGAAGCACAAGUGAGGUUGGAUCCAACAUCAUCUCCAAUAAAGAUUUGUCUCGAUCAUCGACAUCAUUAAACAGAAUUGAUUCUGCUAAUGAAGUCUGACCAACUGUUGCAUGUUUACUUUUACCCUAAUAUUUUGGAUCCACUGCAGUCAAAUCUGCAUUCCCUAAUGCAGCUGCUGGGUUCCUACUACAUUUCUUUUACUUAGAGUAAAUAUAUUUGUAGGAUAUAUCAACUUGUGCCUGACUGUAGUGUAAUUUCUGGGCGUCGGUAUAGAACAAGAUCCCUUUGCAAUUUUUAUUCUUACCUGUGGUUUCUGUAGUAUAUAUAAUAUAUAAUUUAGAACAGAGUCACCUCAUUAUUAUUUAAAAUGCAAUAGACCAAUUGGUGGCUCCAUUCUCUUUGUUGUAGCAUAACAGCUAAUAUUUACUCGGCACAGUAAAUUGUUAGGUCUCUGGUAUAAUUGAUAUCACAAUGUAAGCCUUUUUACCA